GAUUUGCUGUGCUGAGAAGGUACUGGUGCGAUUCCCCAUGGCAUAUAAUUGGCAGCUGUCGACAUUUAAAGAACCUGAGCUGAUAUGAAACCGGACAAGAUACCAUUACCCACACCCUCGUCAGUCGAUACAUCCCCCAGACUCCGUCUGCCAUGGCUUCGAGAGGCAUUCCGCUCGAUACCGCUGCUAUAUUUUCAACCGUGAUGGAAGGAAUUUUAUAUGGCUUUUCAGUCCUCAUGUUUGUGGGUACCAUGUGGACAUUGUCCUACAAACGUCGUAUGAAAGAGAUUAACCGUCCAAUUGCUGUGGUGGCAUUCAUGCUACUGAUCCUGAGUACUGCACACAUGAUAGUGGACAUCAUUCGUGUCGAGCAGGGUCUAGUUACCUAUCGAAACACAUUCCCAGGGGGACCAGAGGCAUUCUUUGCAGAUAUUGCCCAAGUCACAUUUGUGGUCAAGAAUAUAAUAUAUACCAUGCAAACAAUGGUUGGUGAUGGGAUGGUGAUUUAUCGAUGUUAUGUCGUUUGGCAAUCUGUGUGGAUUAUUAUAAUACCGAGUUUGUUGUGGUUCGGUAUCACAGUAUGCGGCUGUAUUGCAGUCUACAGUGUUUCACAAGCAACUAGCGAGGCUGGAAACAUCUUCGCCAAAGCAACAGGUCAAUGGAUCACGGCCUUCUAUGCCAUGACACUUGCAAGUAAUUUAUGGGCUUCAGGAUUUCUGGCAUAUCGCAUCUGGAGGAUGGAACGCAAUGUCUCUGCAAUUCGCGCUACAAAGCGAGGCUCAAUGAUGCCAAUAGUGCGCGUGCUUGCGGAUGCCGCUAUUUUGUACUCUGUGACGCUCCUGUCGACAUUAGUGUGUUUCGUCGUAGAGAACAAUGGACAGUAUGUUAUGCUAGACAUGAUCAUGCCAAUCAUCUCGAUUGCCUUCUACAUGGUUAUUAUCCGGAUGGCAAUCAAGACAAGAGAUCAUAGUUACCUCUCGACUGUCGGGAUGGGUAGCGAGACGGCACGAGGGACCCCGCAGCAAUAUCAUAUGAAACCUAUGGAGGUGCACAUAUCCCGGAUCAUGCACGAUGACAAUACUUCCAAAUCGGCAUGCUAAAAAUUCAGGAUCACCCAUCAACGCUUGGCGGAGUCCGUGGGGGAGGCAUCGUACUGCUUGUGAUUUUUAUAUGCAUUUUGAUUAUAUGACUAUACAUUUCACUCGCCAGGCUAUAAUUUACGGAUGGUUGAAGAUGGUCUAUAUGCAUGUGCUCGGUCUGACC